UUUUAUACUGACAUUUUGCAUCUUCCAUUAUUUGUCCUCUUGUUUUAAUUUGAUCCUAACGCUGCCCUAGUUUGGUCUUGCUUGUCUUCAGUAGGCCUGUUUGGCUUUCUGUUGUUGUAUUGUCCUCUAUGUAUCCCAUUUCUGCUUUUACCUUGUUUGUCAAAGCACUUUGUAAACUGUGUUUUAAAAGGUACUAUAUAAAUAAAGUUGUAUUAAUCCAUCAUCAUUUUCAUCACCCAGACAACACCACCCUCCUACUGCAGGCGUCAAAGUCUGCUGUGUCCUGAUGCCCUCAGGCUUUUUCGGAAAGAGUGGACUAAUUUCUAUCUGGAAACAAACUAUAGAAUAAUUUAAAUUGGCUAUGUUAUUCUGUCCUUGUUUUCACUCUGUUGGAUCAUUGAUACGUUUUUGUUUUCUGUGUUUGGGCUUCAGUUUUUUCCCCCUCCUUUGCUCCUGUACUCCUCUCCCUCAUUUGUCCAUCUACACACCUGCGCUGCAUCGGCCUCGUUAGUCCUUCCCUGCCUCAGUUUCUCCCAGCCAAUCAGCUCACUGCCUGCCUAAUCACUUUACUCCCCUCACCUGAGCUUCUCUGCUCUUUUCUCCACCUGCACUUCAUCCCCUCAUUAGACUAGUCUGUAUUUAAGCCCUGGUUUUCUCUUCAGUCUUUGUUUGAUCCUUUGAUUUUGUUACUUUGGAUGUUGUUGUGAAAAUUGUUGCUGUGUAUUUUGAGAUUUUUGUGACAUAGUAGAGUUUAAAAAAGCUGCGUAGAACCCCAAAAUGCCAGUAAAUAACCCAUUACGUCCUUAAAGAUACUGACUGACUGAACACCAGACUGAAUCAGAAUGUUUUCCUCAAUCAAUCACUCAAUAUAAGAGCAAUUUUCACUUCCCUCUCCAGCAAACAUAAAACUAAGUCUUAAACAUUUAAUGUAAUUUGAUUUGAAGGCUAAAAUUGCAAAGCUGGUGGACAAAGAUUGCAGUCAAAAGCAAAAUGAAUUUGUGAGAACCUGCAAGGGAUUCAGUAGAGAGAACAAAGACAGGGUGGAGCUGUAGAUGAUGGCACCCUGCUGAAAAAACCCAGCUAAAAACCAGCUUAUGUCGGCAGCUGUUUUUGGUUGAUGUUAGCUGGUUUUAGCUGGACGAAGAUGGUCUUACUUAGAUGGACAGUUGUUGGUAGUGUUUGAUGGUUUGACAUGCUGGAGUGAGCUGCCUGUCACACUGUGCAUAUUUAUCUUUAUGUAUAACACAUGACAGAAGACUUAACUGAUUUAUGUCCUUUGCUUUUCAUUCUUUCCCCUCAUGGCACUGAUAUUUCUCCACUUUCAAGGACUUUCAUUUGAUUUCAGUUUUAUAAGAUCUUCAAUGGAUAAUCCAGCCAGAGUGACCCUCACAAGCUGGUAUGACCAGCUAAACCAUCAAAAAUUAUGCAAAAACAUCCCUUAAGCUGGUCAGAAAAGUUGGUCAUCCAGCUUAAUCAUCUUAAACUGAUCAAACUGUGGCUUAUCCAAAGUCUGUGUAUGAAAAAGUGAAAAAAUAACAAACUACAGAUAGCGUAUCUGACAGGUUGAGUCUGUUAGAUUUUUCAAUUUCUUUCCAAUUUACAAUGUAACCUGUACCUGUGCGAUAAAGUAUUUUUUAAGUUGUUUAUACGUCAUUUCUUUGCAUACCCUGAUGUAAUAACUUUCUGAGACACAUUUUUGUUUCAGCUGUUGUUAAGUCGUGGAAGUUUAUGCUGGAUCAAACUGCUGAGGAGGACAAUUUAUCCAUCUACUUUAAACAUGAUGCGAGGGAGAGAGAGCACAUCACUGCACAGAGGAGGCGAGAAACUGUGACUCAAACCCAUGAGGUGAAGUCUCUCAAAGGUCAGACUACACUGUUUGAUGUGAAUGCUAAAAUUGAUCCUUUUUUACUCUGUAUUUCCUUUACAUACAUGUUGAGAGGAGCAGAGGCCCACUUGACGUCCUGCUUGAUUCAUGUCUUCCUGGCAAGGUGACAAACGCAGCUGUUAAGCAGAUUUUAUUUUUAAACAUGACACAACAUUGGUAUCUUGAGGUCUACUUACAAGAUUUCUUCUGAAGAAUAAGACUGGGAAAUGUAUCUGAAAGCUCUGAGGGGAAAUGUGGUAAAUGGACCUACAGUUAAUCACAUCCAUCAUUCUCAUUAUAAAAGUGGCUGGUCCCUCUCUUUGGUAAGAGCCUCAUCUGUGUAUAAUUUUGUCUUUAGUGCUGGUAGGCUGAUGAGGUUAUUUAAUUAAUCAUUUUUUUAUAUUAUUUUCAUUAUUUUGUUUUAAUACAUUAGAAAAAUUAACAUAUCAAACACACAAACAAAUGGUACUGUCCAGCUUAAAAGGACUUUGAAAAUCAAUACAAGUUUACAUUUGUCCACUUCUCUCCCUCACAGAUUUCAAGCAUCAGAGCGCUUUUAUCAUAAUAGUCAUCACCAAUAUAUCCUAUACAAAGGCUCUUUAGUAGGUUAAUGUUAGCAUGCUAAACAUUAGCUCACACCGGUGUGGUUAUAACCUCACAUGGCUGAACGCUCACAGACAAAUACAUGGCACAAAUACAUCAACAAUGUUGUUAAAAACUGCAAAUACUUGCUCAUCAAGUGUAUUAAAUUAAUAAUUAAUAAUGAUAUACUUUUGUUUUUGCUCCCAUUUUUCCUGAGUUAAAGUGGAAGGUCUAAGGUUUCUUCUAGGCAAACAGAGGGUUUAGUUCUCUCCAUUUUUGUAUAAAAAUUUCAAUUCAUAUUAUUGAGAACUCUGCCAAUAAUCCACUCAAAAGGUAUGGCACAUCAAGAUGCUGAUUAAACAGCAUCAUUACUACACAGAUGUGCCAUGGGAUGGUCACUCGAAAAUCUCCACCAGAGCUGUUAUUCGUGAACUGAAUGUUUAUUUCACAUUGUUAUAAUAAAAUUGCACAGGUUUCAAAUCCACUUUGGUUUGUGUAUGUGUGGUUUACUGGCCGCAGUGCUGGUUGUACCCGUUUUGCAAUACUUCCAGCUGUUCUAAUAUUCUCAAACCACAUGUAACCACAUCAGCUCAGGAACUUCACAUCCGGCGUCCUCAUUUGCAAAAUCGACUGAGACCAGCCACUGCGAUGAGCUUCCCUGAAGCGUUUUCUGACAGUUUGUGCAGAAAGACAACGCUAAAAGUGAAGGCACUGGAAGUGAAGUUACUGGGUUGGUGUAGUUUCACCUUGUUUGUGGUUCUAAAGAUGCCCAAAUUCUUUGAAAUGGUCUUUUAUUUUGACCAUCCCAUGGCAUACCUGUGUGGUCCCUGUCUUGGUAUGCUGAUUAAAUCAUGCUGUUUAAUCAACAUGUUGAUAUAUUACACCUGUCAGGUGGAUGGAAUAAGUCCUUAGUGACAUGGAUUUUAACAAAUUUGAAGAAAAAAAAAGAGAGAAAUAAGUCUUAUAUGUGAAUAGAACGUUUUAGAGUUUUGACUAAAACCUGUGAAAAAUGGGAGCAAAAACAAUAGUUUUGCAUUUAUAUUUUUUGUGCUGUGUAAACGUCAUCAUUUUAUGUAUUGAACCAGUUAGUUUAAAGCUAAUUUUCAUCUGCAGUCCAGGUUACAACUUUCAAUAAAUGAAGAAAAAGAAAACACCAAAAUACUAAAUCAUUUCACUUUUUAAGCCCCUUUUUUUCAAACUCAGUAUGGCCCUCCACUUUUAAAAUUUUGAAAUAAAGAUUUUGAACUACACACUGAUGACAGAUUAGAUUGUGGUGGUUUUUGCAGCAUUUUGAUAUUCAGAUAGUGAAACUUUGUGGUGUAACACUAUGACUUCAACCCAAUGUUUCCUUUAAUACGAGUGUGCAUAUUAACUGGAAAGAUGUUUCUCGAUGAGUUCGUGGUGUGAAAAAGUUUUUUUUGAUGUUCCUCUGCGCAAAACCGCAGGUGGUUAGAGUUUUUGUCUGCAGGGGCUUGCAGGAGUGUUGUGCAGCCCCUCACCACUGUAUAAAAGGUGUGUUAUCACCAGACACACACACUCAAGAGAUCACCGCUCUCUGACAGCAAUGGAAACGUCUUCAGUCCUCCUUGUGUGCAUGCUGGUGACAUGUUCAGUCUGGACAGUCCACGGGAGAAGCUUCGAGGUCAGCAUCGAUGAUCUGGAGCAGAUGGAAGUGGAAAUCUCCGUGAUCCCUGACAAGGAAAUCUCUGUGAAGGCCAACGAGGAGAUCUCUGUGCAGGCUGGAAAGCUGCCAGGUGUGUGCUGGGCAUGCAAGUGGGCUUUAAACAAGGUGAAGAAAGUCGUCGGGGCAAACGCCACGGUCGAGAAACUGACAUCAAAGUUGAACUCUGUCUGCAACCAAAUUGGCCUCUUAAAAGCUCUGUGCCGCAAGUUUGUGAAGACGCACCUCGCAGAGUUAAUCGAGGAGCUCACCACCACUGAUGACGUGAGGACCAUCUGUGUCAACACCGGAGCCUGCAAGCCAAAGGAGUUGUUGGACCUGCUGAAUUAUCCAAGCCAUGAGGAUCCACACAUUAAAAUUAAUGAAUAUGCUUGAAAUCUGAUACACUGAUAAUAAAACAUGAACCUCGUGUUCUUGGCAGUGACUGACCGGCUACACACUCAGUCAGUUUUAUGAUAAAGGAUCUUAUGCAGCUUCUUUCUGUCACUUCAUAUACUUUUUGUAUAACUUUGUCUUUUACCUUUGGUGACUUUGCAAUGCCUGUAAUUUCAUUUUCUAUUUCUCUGUUUGCGCACAAAUUAUAUGAAUAAAUGGCUUAAUUUCAAA